AUGAUAGAUGAGGAGGGUAAUGUUUCAAACACACGUUUAUGUGUGAAAUACUUGGUUGCAAAAUCAGAGCCGGGUGGAACAUGGAUAAUAAUUGACUUAAAUAAGGAUCAUUGUGCAAUAGGACAAGCUUCUAGUUUGUUAGCGGGGUAUUUGGGUCUCCAUUUUCUUGUUGAUGAUGGGCGUGACAAAGAAUUCAUAUUUGUUUCUGCCUCAAAGAAAUUGAGGGAUGCCCGAUCUCAAUUGUUUCGCCAAUAUUAUAGAUGGGAUCUCACUUUGGAGGAAAAUCUUCAAAAUUUUCCAAAAGACAUAGGCAUUUUGGAAAACGAUUGGGUUGUUUUUGUUCAUUAUAGGCGGAAAGAAAAAACACAGAAAUUAGCCCAAAAAAAUGCUGAAAAUAGAGCAAAAUUGAAGGCUCCACAUACACUCGGAUCUAAGUCGCUUGCAAGGAAGAAACAUGAGUUGGAAUCGAGAGAUGGACGAACAUACAGUAGAGGAGAAAUGUAUGCAAUUUCUCAUAAAAAGUCUGAUGGGUCUUUUGUCAAUGAAGAUGCAUACAACAAUAACGUAAGUACAAGAAAAUUACAAGCUGCAAUUAAGGAUUUUGUUUCUGAAAAUGAGGUAUUUCAGAAAGUAUUUGGAAAAGAACAACAUGGAUAUGUUCGUAGUGUGGGACUAGGAGCCACACCAUCUCAGAUUAAUAGAUCUACGAGAUUGGCAUCUUCUUCUGCAGAAAAUGAAAAAAUAAAGGAAACGCAAGAAGAAAUUAAUGCACUUAAAGAAAAGAAUUCAAAAAUUGACGAAUUCAUGGAGGCAGUCAAAUUCUUAACGCAAAGGGAUAAUGCUAGGACAAAGGAAAUUGAACUCUUAUUGCAAAUGCAAAAUUCUAGUGAAAAACAGGGAUUGGAAUCACCCGCUGAUGGUAGACGUUCAUCUGAGUCUAGCUACCGAAUUUAG